UCGGACACUUCAGCCGUGACUGCCCCAAGAAGCGAGACUAUUCCCGAGUCAAGUGCAACAACUGUGGUGAAAUGGGCCAUACUAUCAAGCGUUGCCCUACCGCCAAUGCCGCUGAGGACGCCCCUCAGAAUGACAGCCUCAGCUUCAACGCACCCGUCAACGACGAGUGGAAUGACAAUGGAAGAACUCAACAGGAAAGCGCCCUGACCGAUGAAGGUGAAUAUAAUGCUGGUUCUGCUGCUGGUUGGUAGAAGAAGGAUGC